AUGUUUAUUUUCCUGUACACACUCCUGCUUUUUCAACUCCCUUCUGCAAAGGAAGAAAACACUCAUUGCCAAAUGAUGGGAGAUCCCAAGUAUCCGCUGUUUUCAAAUGAUGGAGACAUAAUUAUCGGAGGACUUUUUGCUAUUCGCAGCGUGGAAACGUUGUCUUCUUUUGAGUUUAAUCAAAAACCUCAGCUUCUGUCAUGCUCCAGUGUAAAUCUAAGAGAUUUUCGAAUGGCUCAAACUAUGACAUUUGCCAUUGAGGAGAUAAAUAGAAGUGAAACUUUGCUGCCAAAUGUGUCUAUUGGUUAUAAAAUAUAUGAUACCUGUGGUUCAAGACUGUCUUCUAUGAGUGCAACUAUGUCAGUGAUGAAUGGACAGGAGUUGGCAGAAGAAGGCAGAUGCAAUGGACAGACUCCUAUACAUGCUAUUUUAGGAGAAACAGAGUCUUCUGCCACAGUGAUUCUGUCCAGAACCACAGGACCUUUUAAAAUACCAGUGAUAAGUCACUCAGCAACAUGUGAGUGUCUCAGUAAUAGAAAAAAUCACCCCUCUUUCUUCAGGACUAUUGCUAGUGAUUAUCACCAGAGCAGAGCACUUGCAUACAUAGUCAAAUACUUCGGCUGGUCUUGGGUUGGAGCUGUGAACACUGACAAUGAUUAUGGAAACAAUGGAAUGGCCAUAUUUCUGAAUACAGCACAGGAGGAAGGCAUUUGUGUAGAGUACUCUGUGAAAUUCUACCGCACAGAGACAGAGAAACUAAAAAAAGUAGUAAAUUUAAUAAAACAAGGAAGUGCAAAAGUGAUUGUUGCAUUUCUCACCAGUUUAGAGAUGGAAAUUCUACUUGAGCAGUUUAGUAUUCAGAACAUUACAGGCCUCCAAAUGAUUGGUGUAGAAGGAUGGAUCACUGCAAAGAGUUUAAUUACCCCUAAUAGUUUUAGUGUGCUGGGAGGCUCAUUGGGAUUUGCAGUAAGAAAAAUUGAUAUCGAAGGAUUUUCAGAUUAUGCUAUAAAAGCAUUCUGGGACACAGCUGUUCCAUGCUCAGAAAGAGAGGGACAUUUUUCCCAUUACGCAUUAAACUGCAGUACAUAUCAUGAUCUACUUGUGCUGAAAAAUUACAAUGAAGAUGUGCCUGAACAAAGAUUUUCAAGCAAUGUCUACAAAUCAGUGUAUGCUGUGGCUCAUUCAUUACACAAUCUACUCAAAUGUAAAGAACAUGAAGGUUGUGACAAAGGCCUGGCAGUGGAACCACAGCAGAUGGUUCAGGCCCUGAAAAAAGCAAAUUUCACACUUAAAUUUGGAGAUCGUGUGUGGUUUGACAGCACUGGUGCUGCAGUAGCCCAGUAUGAAGUUGUGAACUGGCAGCAGGACUCUGAUGGAUCAAUUCAGUUUAAAGCAGUGGGUUACUAUGAUGCCUCAAUGCCCCCUGACCAGCGCUUUGUGCUUAACACUGAAAACAUCAUCUGGGCUGGAGGACAGCGGCAGAAGCCAAAGUCUGUGUGCAGUGAGAGUUGUCCUCCAGGCACUAGGAAGGCUGGACAGAAAGGAAGACCUGUCUGCUGUUAUGACUGUAUUCCAUGUGCAGAUGGAGAAAUCAGUAAUGAGACAGAUUCAAAUAACUGCAUGCAGUGUCCAGGGGAAUUCUGGUCUAAUGCUGAGAAAAAUAAAUGUGUGUUAAAAACUGUAGAGUUUCUGUCAUUCACAGAAGUUAUGGGUAUAGUGCUGGUCUUUUUCUCACUGUUUGGAGUAGGAAUGACUUUUCUGGUCAUGGUACUGUUUUAUAGUAAAAGAGACACCCCAAUAGUAAAAGCCAACAACUCGGAGCUGAGCUUCCUGCUGCUCUUCUCAUUGAUUCUCUGUUUUCUCUGUUCACUAACUUUCAUUGGUCGCCCCACUGAGUGGUCCUGUAUGUUACGUCACACAGCGUUUGGGAUCACUUUUGUACUCUGUAUCUCUUGUGUUCUGGGGAAAACAAUAGUUGUGUUAAUGGCCUUUAAGGCCAAACUUCCAGGAAGUAAUGUCAUGAAAUGGUUUGGGCCGCUACAACAGAGACUCAGUGUUCUUGCCUUUACACUUAUACAGAUUCUUAUCUGUGUGCUUUGGCUAACAAUAUCUCCUCCAUUUCCCUUUAAAAAUAUAAAUCUUUACAAGGAAAAAAUAAUUUUUGAAUGCAAUCUUGGUUCUACAAUAGGUUUUUCUGCUGUACUGGGUUAUAUUGGUCUACUGGCCCUCAUGUGCUUCAUUCUGGCUUUUCUGGCUCGGAAGCUGCCUGAUAACUUCAAUGAAGCUAAAUUCAUCACAUUCAGUAUGCUCAUAUUCUGUGCUGUGUGGAUCACAUUUAUUCCAUCUUACGUCAGUUCUCCUGGAAAAUUCACUGUAGCUGUGGAGAUAUUUGCCAUUUUAGCUUCAAGUUUUGGAUUAUUAUUCUGUAUAUUUGCACCUAAAUGUUACAUCAUCCUGUUUAAGCCUGAACAUAAUACAAAACAACAUAUGAUGGGAAAAACACAAACUAAGUCCUUCUGA